AUGAAGGCUCUCAUUAUUCUGAGGUUUCUCCUCCUUUCUGUCGCUGUCCAAGGCAAGGUCCUUGAGAGAUGUGAGCUUGCCAGAACUCUGGAGGAACUUGGAUUGGAUGGCUAUAAGGGAGUCAGUCUGGCAAACUGGAUAGGUUGUUUGACCAAAUGGGAAAGUGGUUAUAACACAAAAGCUACAAACUACAAUCCUAGCAGUGAAAGCAGUAAUUAUGGGAUAUUUCAGAUCAACAGCAAAUGGUGGUGUGAUGAUGGUAAAACCCCAAGAGCAGUUGAUGGCUGUCACGUGUCCUACAGCGCAUUAAUGGAAAAUGACAUCGCUAAAGCUGUAGCAUGUGCAAAGAAGACUGUCAGUGAGCAAGGCAUUACAGUAUGUUGUGUUGUGGACUACACAGGACUCAACAUUUGUGUUCGGCAUUCUGUGCUCUAG